AAGAUUAUUUAGCGACAGAUGAUAUGCUUGUGGACUACUUUAAUGAAUUCUUGAAUCUUCCAACCUUUGCAGAGCCAGUUAAGUUUAAUCCUGAUUUUGGCAUUUUUGAAGUAGUUAAUGAUACCCCACAAUGUCUGGAAAGCCAGAUGAAAAAAAUUCUACAUAAUCAGAAACCUCCCAGUCCCAUUUAUGAUGCUACAAGGAAGGCAAAGAAUGAUGGGCAGCUUUCCAAAAAGAGCAGCAUUUUUCCAGACUUCAGUGUUGACCCAAAUUACAGUAUUAUGCGUCUUGAGCGAGAACAGGGAAUUCAGUGGAUUAAGAAAGAAAGACUCCCAGCCUUUCUAAAAAGUGAUUGUUACUUUGAAUACAGGUUAGCUAAACUGCUUUCGCAGGUAGAAUGGAGCAGAACUGGUAUUAACUUCAUUAUAGAUACAACGUAUUAUCCCUGGAUUAUGAAAAGAGAGCUGACACCUCCUUUUCUUGAGGAAGAUGAAGAGGAACUAAUUAUGAGAAAGUUCUAUGUUUCACUUGGCAAGGCUACAGUUACUCAGACAAAGGAUUGGUUUACACUAGCCAAAAAAAAUCAGCAAACAACAACUACAGAUACAAUUACUCAUCCUUUAGUUUCCACUCAAAUUCAAGGCCCACAGUAUUGGUCUACAGGCCCUCAGAGAACUGUUGCAUACAACCACAAUGUCAGCCCAGAUUCUGUUCCUUCUCAAGGUGCAUGUAGUUUUUCUGCUCAGUCUUACACAGCUGAUUUAUACAGCAGUAGCAGCAGUAAUCUAGGAGUGGAUUCCCUGGAUAUGGAAUACAGCCAAAGGAGUCUACCCCUCCCCCAGAGGACAGAAACUGCAAAAACUAGCAAUGUUAGAGGGAGAUCCAAAAGUGCAGAGGUUGACACUUCUGUAUCCAUUGCUGACACUCCUUUCCACGCUAUGUUAAGAGUAUACCUAAAUCAGAAAUGGGAGAAUGGUCCUGAGGAGAAAGAAAAUCUGGAAUACGAUGGUAGACAGGAAAUGGCAGCUUUUCAAACAUUAGAAGAGUUUACAUCAGCUUAUAUUCAGUAUAUAGUGAAUGAAUCAGUUUCAAAACUGACAGGACAACCAGCCACUAAGAACAAGACUGAUAUGAACUUCAGUAAACUGUCCAAAGUAUUUAUACAUGAGUUAUCAAAUAAUCAACUUUCUGCUACUGCUGCAGCGCCACCUACUUCUCAGCAUAUCUCUCCGUCCAACAAGUUAGACUCCAAAGGACAUUGCAUAAAACAGGAGACUGAAGAAGUGAGUUCAAGUUCAAGGUCUGAAAGUGAUGUCACAGACAGUCGGGCUGCCUGGUGUACCAGUCACAGAACUUAUGAUAUUGGAAACAGAAAUGAGUUUGAAAGAUUCAAGAAGUUCAUAAAAGGAACUUUGGGUGAAAGGUACUGGUGGCUCUGGAUGGACAUUGAAAGACUAAAGGUCCUUAAGGACACUAGAAGGCAGCUAAGACAGCUUGAUAAAAUGAAAAAACUCUAUCUAGUGAGCAGUGGCGAUUAUUUUCUCAACUCAGAAGUCUUAUUCAAACUGGACCUGCUACUUGGAGACCAGUGGAAUACAAGACACUUAAAAUGGAUUCAGCCUGAAGUAGUGAAACCUUUACUUCUUUACUGGGGUCCCAGAUUUUGUGUCACUCAUACAGCUGCAGUACAAACUGCCAGUGCAAAGUUGAAGCAGUGGCACACCUCUCACGAGAGACCAAGAACGGAUAUUGAUCCUUACCCACAAAUGGUGACAUUGUUACCACUGAGAGCUAAAUCUUGCAUUCCAAGGAUAGCACCUUCCCAUCCUCAGAGAAAUGAAACCAGCUCACCCCCAACCUUAUUAAAAACAAAUGUGACGAAUUUAUCUUCUAAGAGAGCUACCAGAUUAUUGUCAGCUACCCUGCCAUCAAGUGGAACCAUCACAAAGGCUGAUUUCUACAGCGUAACCAGUAAACCUGAUGUUAGCAGAAAAAGGCCAAAAUCAGUGGGAAGCAACAUGAUUCGUCUCUCUGCUGUUACUGAUGAUACAAAAUGCCUGAAGUCCCAGACAGAUAGAAAAUACACCUAUGCUGAGCUGCUCCCAGGUAAAAGUCCUACAGAGAGUGUUGUCCUAGGGAGUUCUAAAAUGGAAUGUAUGCUACAGUCUCUUUAUGUGGAGAACAGAGCAGGCUACUUCUUCACACACUUCUGUGAGAAGUCAGGGAAUGAGCUGUGGAAGAACAGUGCGUACUUUUGGUUUGACCUACAGGCUUAUCAUCAACUUUUCUACCAAGAAACCCUUCAGCCUUUUAAACUAUGCAAGCAAGCUCAAUUCCUUUAUGCCGCUUACAUUGCUCCUUCUGCCAGCAUGGAUAUUGGACUGCAACAGGAUAAGAAAAAUGAGAUUUAUCAGAAAAUUAAGCCACCUUAUGAGGAUCUUUUUGACCCAGCAGAAGAAUAUAUCCUCACCCUUCUGCUGGUACCAUGGAUGAAAAUGGUGGAAGUAGACAAAUCCAUUUAUGGAAAGGUGGAGCUGGUGGAAGAAAGUCGACAGCUGGACUCAGUGUACUUUAGAAAGCUACAGGCUUUGCAUCAAGAGAGUGUUUCCAAGAAGGAUGAGAGUAUUGCUCCUGAAAUCAGUCCCCUACUUCAGCCUGAUGUUCUCAGAGAAGCACAGCUCUUAAGUGAAGUCCCUGAGGAAUACAGAGGUUGUAGCCUUCACGACCUGAUCCACAAUGGACUGGAGUUAGAACAGUUCCGACUCUUUCUUGAAGAGCAUUCUGCAGUCAUGGAUCUCAUGUGCUGGCUAGACAUUGAACAAUUCAGAAGGAUGCUCCACAAGGAAAAAGAAAAAAGAGAGGAAAAAUCUAAAGCUAUUAAAAACAAGUAUCUAAAUAAAAAAUACUUCUUUGGACCCAAUAGUCCAGCUACAAAAGAACAACAAGACCAGCUAAUGCAGUCAGGUGGAGGCUGGGGACAUAUACUUCAUGAUCGACUUUCCUCAGCAGUUCUGCUAGAAAUUCAAAAAUACGUCCAGAUGAGGCUAGAAAAAAGGUGGCUGCCACUGUUCCUGGCAAAAGAACAAUCUGGGGCACGUAGAAAAACAAAGCCACAGAUAAGGGACAUAGCUGAAGAUCUCCUAAUCCAGAGAAAUGAGAAAAAGAUUGGGUCCUGGAAGCAUGUGGACAAUAAGUGGGUUUCUUCAUCUAGAGAAAUAAUCAUGUUCCGUAAAGCGCUGCUGAAUCCAGUGACAGCAUUACAGUUUCAGCGCUUUGUGUCUUUGAAAGGAGAUUUACUGGAGAACGGAGUGCUCUUCUGGCAAGAGGUUCAGAAAUAUAAGGAUUUGUGCCAUUCUCACUGUGAUGAUGCCACUAUACAGAAUAAGAUCACAGCUAUCAUCAACUGCUUUAUUAAUUCCACCAUCCCACCGGCUCUGCAAAUUGACAUUCCACAAGAGCAAGCUCAGAAGAUUAUCGAGCACAGGAGAGAACUAGGGCCAUAUGUAUUUAGAGAGGCACAGAUGACUAUUUUUGCUCUUCUGUUUAAAUUUUGGCCAAAAUUUUGUGAAUUUCGAAGCAAUUUGGCAGAUGAGAAAAUUUUGCCUACUUUGGAGAGAAAAAAGGAAAAGAAGAGACAAAAUUUUAAAAGAAAAACAACAGAGGAAAGACUCGCACUUGUAAAGCAAGUGAAAAAAGUUGUCAGCUUAUCAGAAAGUAUUUCUGUGGAUGACACCAGUAUGGGUAGAGGAACACCUUCAUCUGUAACUGGAUAUGGACGACAGGUUUCCUGGUCUUAUUCCAAGUACAUAGAAGCCCUCGAGCGGGAGAGAGUACUCCUUAAAAUACAAGACGAUCUGGAGAAAAGGACAUCAUUAUUUUCCACAGGUUUCUCAUCCACAACCUAUUUGAAGCCAGACUUCACUGCAAAUCCAGAGAAAUCCAUCACUUCAUCAAACACUAGUCUGAUUUGGGAGAAACAGUCCAAUCUUCCCAAAGAUGUGGGAAGUGAGUCCCAAAUAGUUAAUAAUUUGCUUCUGUUUGGUAUUCAUAGUUGAAUUACAUCCUUGGAUUCUGAAAUUAUCAGAUUAUGACUCAGAGCUAGCUAGAGACUAACUCUGGGCAUGUCUGCACUACCUGCCGGAUCGGCGGGCAGCGAUCAAGCCAGUGGGGGUCGAUUUAUCGCAGUCCCCGAGUGCUCUCAGGUGAGCAGCAGCAGUCAACUCACCGCAGUGAAGACACCAGGUUAAGUCAGUCUAAGUACGUCAAUUUCAGCUAUGUUAUUCAUGUAGCUGAAGUUGUGUAACUUAGAUCGACCCCCUCCCCCCCCGCCAGUGUGGACCAGGCCUCUGCCACUGCAGCUAUAACAGAAUAAAAAAGGGUAGAGGAGAGAGAAUGAAAGAGAUGUCAAAGGAAAAAAACAGAUUUUGCUACAUUUUGAAUCCCCAGAUUAAGAGUCCCCUGGCUUCCUUCAUGCUAGGCUGAACCUACAGUGCCUCUCUUGAAUUUUUUUUAAAGUGAUGAAGUCUAGAAUUACUAUAAUGUCUAUGGAAACAUGCCUCCAUUCCCUCUCAGGCCUUGUCUAUGCUACAGGGGGAGACUGAUCUAAGUUACAUAACUUCAGCUACGUGAAUAACGUAGCUGAAGUCGACGUACUUAGAUCUACUUAUCGCAGGUCCACACUACACUAUGUCGAUGGGAGACGCUCUCUCAUCGACUCCCCUUGUGCUUCCCAUUCAGGUGAGGUAUAGGAGUUGAUGGGAGAGUAAUCUGCGGUCAAUUUAGCAGGUCUUCACUAGACCCGCUAAAUCGACCGCUGAUGCAUUGAUCACCACAUAUCAAUCCCCCAGUAACUGUAAACAAGCCCUCAGUUUUCCCUUAAUCUUUUAUUGCUUUAAUUUUCCUACUUUAGGCAAGGUGGACUCAACCCUUCCCUAUUGCUACUGCACUUCGCAGUGCCUGGAUGGGCCCUUCUUGAGGCAGUACUUUUGUCUGUGACCAGCAGAAGGAGCAAUAUGCAACAGGCUAGAUUUUCUUCAUUUCUGUUUCAAAUUCUUUCUUUCUUUCCCAUGGUUUUUCGGCCUGUUCAACCCCUCCUUUCACAACUCUGUCCUCCAUUAUGUUCUCUAAAUCACUCCCACACCUUUGGUCCCUCGCAGUCCCCAUUCCUCUCUUCCUCUCAUCCCAUCCCAUUUCCUUGCUAACUUCCGUUGCCGCACCAACUUCCUUAGUACUCCAUCUCCUUUUCCAUCCUUUCCUUUUCCCCACAAACAACCAAGGGUUUUGGCUGCCUUAGGAUGGCCGUGAGACUCUGAUUGUGAUAUGA